AUGGCACCGCUUCCUAACUUCAGAACGUCUGGACCACAACAACCAUUUGCGAAGGUCGGAGUGGACUAUGCUGGACCAUUCCACACACGCCAGGGUCGUGGUCGAUCUCAGGCCAAGCGGUAUGUAUGUGUCUUCACCUGUCUCCUGACCAGAGCAUGUCACUUUGAGCUCGUCUACUCUCUAGAUACUGCCGGUUUCCUGCUAGCUCUGAGCCGGUUUACUAAGCGCCGCGGAGUGCCACAAAAGAUGGUGUCCGACAACGGUACCAACUUCGUCGCAGCAGAUCAAGAACUGAGAGCAGCUGUGAAGUCACUGGACAACUCCAGGCUUGCCGCGGAGAUGACGUCACGUGGCAUCUCGUGGGCAUUCAACCCACCAAGGGCGCCUCAUUUCGGCGGUGUGUUUGAGGUGAUGGUCAAAUCCAUGAAAAGAGUGCUACAGGGUGUGCUGUACAGAGCUGAUUUGACAGACGAGGAAUUACACACGGCACUGGUUAACGCCGAAGACCUCAUCAAUAGUCGUCCUCUCUGCACCAUGACGUCAGAUGUUGAGGACCUUCAGCCAUUGACACCACAGCAUUUCCUAGUUGGACAUGCCAAUUCUACAAUGGCCGCUGAAGUCAACAUAACUACAGAGACGCAAGUUCACCCAAGGAAGCGAUGGGAGGUCGUACAGCGUAUCAUCGACGAUGUGUGGAAGCGUUGGCUAAAAGAAAUCGUCCCAAAGCUGAACGUUCAAGUGAAGUGGUUACAGAAGCAGCGUAACGUUCAGGAAGGAGACGUUGUGCUUGUGAUGGACGAGCACACAGCAAGGUCACACUGGCCGCUUGGGCGUGUGACAGAGGUCUAUCCCGGCAAGGAUGGUAUUGUUCGAGUAGUGAAGGUCAAGGUGGCUGAGAGAUUCUACAAGCGAGCUGUCCAUCGGCUUGUGCCCCUUGAAGUCGAAGGUACUGAGUGA